CCUCUGCAUCUUUCUUCAUCCCAUCCAACAAACACAUCAUCCUUGAAACAAACCAUGGCAGUAAGAUCAAAAGCACUCAUUCUGUUUCCAUUAUUCAUCACCAUCCUCUGCCUAUCUUUCCCGGCAACAGCAACCUCAUCCUCAGAUGUGGAUUUUCUCUACUUGACUCUCACGUGGCCCGGGACACUCUGCACCUCAGAAAAAUGCUGCAUGCCGACUACAGGAGAACCGGCACUGGAUUUCAUGGUGGAAGAUAUCAAGACAUACAACAACCAAACUGGAGAGAUCGUCAAGAACUGCAAGAAGACAUGCCAAUUCUAUGUUAAUAUGAUGAAAGAUUACAUCAACGAACUCUACGCACACUGGAGCGACUUGAGCUGCCCAUCUAACAACGGGCUCAAAAACUGGAAGAAAACAUGGUGCACUUAUGGCCAGUGCUCAAACCUCAACCAGCAUGACUACAUACAGACUGCACUCAAUAUCUCCUAUCAUGUCAACUUGCUUGAGGUCCUUGAUGUUAACCGAAUUGUCCCCUCAUCUUCAACCAGAUACAAGCUCCAAGAUAUCCAGAAUGCUCUCCGGGUCAACUAUGGCUUGUCAACCCAUAUUGAGUGCGUCAAUACUUGGUGGCCAAUUUGGCAGCCAAGAAAAUCAUUGCUUUCAAAGAUAAACUUCUGCAUCUCUAAAGACGGCAAGUCUAUCAUCAGUUGCCCUUUCAACACAGAAACUACAUGUCAUGACGAGGUGUGGUUCUAUCCGUUCACCAGCAACAUGCUCCAUCCAUGCACCCCUGACUCUGCCGGCCUCAUCAAGAUGCCUACUGAGCAAUACUCUGCAGUGUGAUAGACUUGUUUCUUCAUGCUGUUAUGACUAAAUAAAUUUAAUAUCAUAUCCUUUCAACUU